AUGCUGGAAGCUGCGGAUAACGCGAAUGUCCUCCUCAAUGGAGGAUUCUCUCAGCUACAGAGCUGCUUCGGAGAUUGCAGUAGCGAGGAGGAAUUAUCGGUGCUGCCACGUCAUACCAAAGUUGUCGUCACCGGGAACAACCGUACGAAAUCCGUCCUCGUCGGUCUUCAAGGCGUCGUUAAGAAAGCCGUCGGACUCGGUGGUUGGCAUUGGCUGGUUUUGACAAAUGGAAUAGAAGUGAAGUUGCAGAGGAAUGCGCUUAGUGUCAUUGAAGCUCCUACAGGGAACGAAGAAGACAAUGAUAUUGCAAUCGAGCAGCAUACACAAUGGAAUCCCUCAGAUAUGACACCUGUAGACACCCUGAAGCCUCAUAAGUCGAAGCAAAAAGGACACAGAUCAGCGCGGUUAUCUCAUAAGACAAUGUCUAGGGCCGUAUCUUGUGACUCUCACUCAAAAAGCUCGGGUUUGACUCCUCGUAGGAAUAUGAAGGUUGAUCUUAGCAAACUGGAUAUGCCUGCAUUACUGAGAUAUCAGCGACAUUAUAACCUCGUGGAUGCUCUUCCUAAUCCGACAAAGGAGCAACUACUUGACAUUGUCCAAAGACAUUUCAUGUCUCAGGAAAUGGAUGAGCUUCAGGUUAUUGUGGGAUUCGUUCAGGCUGCAAAAGGAAUGAAGAAGGCUUGCAAAUGGAAAUCGAGAGAGCCCAGAAACACUGUUCCUAACUGCACCAGUUAA